AUGCCGGAAAACCAAACGCGCCUGGGAUCUGAUCUGUUCAUCAUUAGACUUCCAAACUUUUUAAGUGUUGAACCUAAAAUAGUAAAUGCUAUGAGUUUAACCAAUACUCUUGAAUGUAGACCAUUCAAUUCUAUCAAUUACGAAGAUGAAUUCAGUGAUGAUGAAGUGCUUGAUGAAGAAGGCCGCGCUCGUUUGAAAUUACGGAUGGAAAAUACUAUCAGGUGGAGAAAAUUAAAUAAAGGUGAUUUAUUUGAGGAAGAGAGCAAUGCGAAAAUAGUAGAAUGGUCUGAUGGAAGGCCACAUUCAACUGAGAGUCAAACUCAUCGUAAAAUGACUUUGUCUAUUGCUGAUAAAUGUUCGAAAGCUCAAAAAAUUUGCAUUCUCCCCGCUAUUGAAAAAAAUCCUGAAUAUCGCAGACAUGAAAUGAUUAAGGUUAAAUGUCAUAUUACAGCAACAGACUUCACUUUUGGCAAAAAUUUAUUAAUGUUUUUAAUUCAGAAAGAAGAAGAAAAGCUGAGAGCCUCUAUAAGGCGAGAGAAUCAGCAACGAAGAAUUCGCGAACGUAGCCACACUAAUUUAACUCCAAAUUAUCUAGAAAUGAUCAAGCAAAAUCAAUAUGUGGAACCCGGCUUUAAUGAUAGUGUAGACGAUUUUGAAGUUAGUGAAGAGGAAACUAAUGUGCUUUCUUCAAGGAGUGUAAGGAAAUCGGCUAGUUCGGAAUCGGAUGAUGAAUUUACUAAGAGGAAACAAGUUGAGACGGAACUGGUGAACAACAAGAAGCGCCGAAUUCUCAGUCAAGCGGUAGUUCCUAGCGACGAUGACGACAGCACUUAA